ACUCUCUCCCUCUAUUUUCACCCCUUUCUCAUUCCGUUCCUCUUUUCAUUUCCUUUUUAUUUUAAUUCUGGUAUACGCAAUUAUAAAUUCUAUGUAAAUCUCAAACCACAAACAUAGCCAGUUGCACGAUCUCUUAUCUCGAAUGCGCUUUUCAUUCUGUUCCUGAAUAGACACAUGAAUUCUCCGGCCUUAUCGUUCUUCUUUUGUCUUUCCUGUUCAUAAACAAUUGAUAUGAUUUCUUCUAUUCAGAUUUAAUCAGCAUACUUUGGAUAAAGGAGGAGGAGGGUUGUUUUAGGUCUUUGACAACAGUCAUAAAAACAUAGUCGAACCCCAUGACUUUGGAUGUCAGUUUUAUGUUUUGCAAGUCACGUUUAAAUUAAAUAAAACACUCCUUCGAGUAAAUUUGCAUGGCUAGAUUCUCAGAGGCUUGUGUGGUUCGGUUUUCUUUCUGCUCUCUGAAAAUUCGGGGAGUUAACCGUGAAUAUUGCUUUCCGUGAUUGUCAUCAUGCUUCAUUUGUCAGGAAGGGAUUCGACGUUAUUUUGUUUAGUUUAUAAAAUUUGUUGAUUUAUGAGAAUAAGUACUAAUUUGUGGAAUUUGCUCGUAUGGAUUGUCACGAAAGCAGAUUUUGGCAGUAUGUUAUGCAGGUGUACAGUAUUGACUUUUGAGAUGUUUACUGUUGUCGGAAACAACAGAAAUAAUUUUUUCAUUUUAGCUGUAGAUGUAUUAUGCAUCGAUGCACUGAAUCCGAUUGACUUUAAACUGAUUCAUGUCCUUCCCUCUUUUACCCUCUUUCUUUUGGCAAUUUCCGAAGAUACUGAGAAGGAAGGCAGCAGGGGUUGUAUAGGGUGCAAUGGAUUUCGAGAGGGAAAAUUUUGAUCUCUCAGGACCCUUGCAUUUGACUUGUGUCCAAUGGGAUAACGCGCAUCAUCGAAUGUCAGUUGCUGCUAGUUUGGUCCAAGCUGUUUACAUUCUAGAAAGGGACCGGCAAGAAAAACGCAAAGAUCAAAAUGCUCUUGCACUGCCUUGGUGGGCAUUCUUCCACUUUCAGUUGCUUCGUCCACUUGUAGAUGAUGUUGAUUCUUCCAUCUUUGGUGCAAUCUUUGAGUUCAAACCUCCAUUGUCUCCACGUAAUGACACUUUAUACCGAAGUCCACGUUAUGUGAUUGCCUUUCGUGGUACUCUAACCAAACAGCACUCGGUUUCACGUGACAUUGAGCUGGAUAUCCACUUUAUCCAACAAGGUCUUCAUCAAACUUCUCGCUCUACCAUAGCUCUGAAUGCUGUUCGAAAUAUGGUAGCAACUGUAGGUGAUUCGAAUGUUUGGUUAGCUGGACACUCCUUAGGAUCAGCAAUGGCAUUGCUUACUGGCAAAACCUUGGCUCAGACGGGCACGUUUGUUGAAUCUUUUCUUUUCAACCCACCAUUUGUAUCUGCUCCAAUAGAGAGAAUUAAGGAUGAGAGAGUGAAACAUGGGAUUCGAUUUGCUGGCAGUGUGAUAACAGCUGGACUCACCCUAGCCAUGAAAGCCAAGCAGCAGCAGCAGGGCAAGCAGCCGCUGCAACAGGGCAAGCAGCCGCAGCAGCAGAAGGAUCUGUGUGUUGCAUCAUUUGAUGCUUUGGCUGCUUGGGUCCCAGGUUUAUUUGUGAAUCCAUCGGACCAUAUAUGCUCAGAGUAUAUUGGAUACUUCGAGCACAGAAGAAAGAUGGAGGAAAUUGGAGCAGGAUUCAUUGAAAGGUUAGCCACUCAAAACUCGCUUGGUGGAUUAGUGAUGAGUGCGUUUGGGAAGGAAUCUGAAGCCCUGCACCUCAUUCCUUCGGCUUCUAUGACAGUUAAUGUUAUUCCUGCACGUGAUUUCCGAGAAGCCCAUGGGAUUCACCAAUGGUGGCAACCCGAUUUGCGCGUCGAACGCAAGCUCUACAAAUACAAGUAGUUCCACGCUGUUUCUUCUGCAUUUACAUGCAAGGACAGAUGAAAUUCUUUUCGCAUAUGCGCAAUGUUUAACUGUUCAUUUGAACUUCUGUUUCGUAAAUACAUGUAGAGUGCUUGUGAACGAAUUAGCAAAUUAUAUAAUUCAAUUUAGUUACACUGUCUGGAAUGUACAUGAAAUUAAUUCAGUGGUUUUUUUAAAACUAUUU